AUGAAGGUGAAUGAAGUGGAAAAACAACUCACAAAAAUGAAGACGUUCUACCGUCUGUUGUUUGAUUUCUGUGUGGUGACAUUUAUCUUUACCGUAACGACUCGCCACAUGAUUCAUAAAAAUUAUACAUUUGGGAGAAUGUGUCGAUUUUGGACGAUGUGGAGUUGUUGGGCGUGUCUCUUAUAUUUCUUUGUUGCUUUUUGCAAGCAACUGUCAUUACUCUUAUUUGAUCCUUCGUUCAUUAAACGUAUUCGAAGUGACAAAGCAAACUUCCUAGUCGAUGUUUUGAAUCAAUUGGCAUUUGUGUUGUGCUUGUGUGUCACGUUGAUGUUCUGGGUGCUAUUCUUCAAGUCACCAAGUAACGUCUUGCGAAUUGAUGGAGAGUGGCAACCGACAUUUGUCGACCAACUCUUUGUGACACACUUUGAACACACUUUCCCGUUCCUCUUCUUGCUCAUCGACUGUUUGCUUUUUGCACAAGGGUCUAAACACAUCGACCAGUUUUACUCCAUCUCAAAAUUCUCGCCAGUCGUUGCUUUCUUUGGGUAUUGUGGUCUUUGUCUGAAAGAUUACUUUGAUUAUGGUAUACGUCCAUAUCCUUUUAUGGACAAAUGGACUUUAAUGAUGUUGUUGGCCACAAUAGUUGUUGUCUGUAAUAUCAUCUCGUGUGUCUUCAACCCGAUCACUUACUAUAUCAGGUCGAAACUCUCUCUCGUUUUGUAA